AUUAUUUAUUUAUUUAGGGUUUGGGGUCUGGGAGAGGAGCUAGGGUUUGGACUAUUUAUAACCACACAGCCGCAGGCUUUGCUGUUUGGAUUGAAGAGCAGAGCAACUCAGCGGAAGGGGAGGUAGGAGAAGACUCUUCACAAAAUGGCAAGAGGGCUGAAGAAACACUUGAAGAGGCUUAAUGCCCCAAAGCAUUGGAUGCUUGACAAGCUUGGAGGUGCAUUUGCCCCAAAACCAUCAUCUGGGCCUCACAAGUCAAGGGAAUGCUUGCCAUUGAUCCUUAUUCUGCGAAACAGGCUGAAAUAUGCUCUCACAUAUCGUGAAGUUAUUGCUAUUUUGAUGCAGCGACAUGUUCUUGUUGAUGGGAAGGUUCGGACGGACAAGACGUAUCCUUCGGGUUUCAUGGAUGUUGUGUCAAUUCCCAAGACAAAUGAGAACUUCCGUCUCCUUUAUGACACUAAAGGCCGCUUCCGUCUCCACUCCAUCAGAGAUGAUGAGGCUAAGUUCAAGCUUUGCAAAGUCCGAUCAGUUCAAUUUGGCCAAAAGGGUAUCCCUUACCUAAAUACCUAUGAUGGGCGCACCAUCCGCUAUCCAGAUCCACUCAUCAAGGCUAAUGACACCAUCAAACUAGACCUAGAAAGUAACAAGAUUACGGACUUCAUCAAGUUUGAUGUGGGAAAUGUUGUCAUGGUCACCGGAGGAAGGAAUAGGGGCCGGGUUGGGGUUAUAAAGAACAGGGAGAAGCACAAGGGGAGUUUUGAGACAAUUCACAUUCAAGAUGCCACUGGUCAUGAGUUUGCCACUCGCUUAGGCAAUGUUUUCACUAUUGGAAAGGGAAACAAACCGUGGGUGUCUCUCCCCAAGGGCAGGGGUAUCAAGCUGUCAAUCAUUGAGGAGGCUAGGAAGAGGCUUGCAGCAGGCCCAACAGUUGGGUAAAAAUUUUCUUGAAUUAUUUUGUCUUGAAGAAUUUUCUCAUGAUGGGGAAAUUUUUAGUUGCUUUCCAUUUGGUGCACAAGAAUUUAAUGUUCUAUAGGGACAAUUUUGAAUUAUGUUUGUCUAGAUAUUUUUUUUUUAACUAUAUUUAUAUUUGAAUUUUAGUCUAUUUAUUCUUGUUAUUGAGAUGAAAACAAGCUUUUGUGUUUGUGAGCA